GCCACAGAGGCGUUUCUACAUAUAUAUAUGUAUAUGUAUGUGUGUGUACGGCAUGAAUAUUUCAUGAGCUACCAGCUAAGCCAGCCCCAAAAAACAGUGAUGACAAUAAGUACCAGCAACAUGGCGGCAAGUCACUAGAGAAAACAAGAGUAAAAGUGAGAGUGAAAGAAAAACACUUCCUCCAAGUGGAAGAGAGAAAAAAUAAAAACGCAAAAAGACGGGAAAAAUACCUAUACUUAAAAUGACAGAGCUGAGAAAAAGCAACGGCCUGGACACGUCUACGCCCCGUCUGCAUAAGCAACAUUCGUUCCGAGAACGUGAUCGACAUCCAGGCCAUCCUCUGCUGCAUUCACUAGCUGAUCAUGGCUGCAAUUUAAGCAGCGGUGGCAACAGUGCAGCCAGCACCACUAGCAGCAGUACGGCCACAGCAACCACAGCUCUGAAUGGUGGUGCUGGUGGUGUUUUAACAGCAGCGGCCGCAGGUAUUAGUAUAUCCUCGCAGCGUAGCGUUGAAUUCGAUGAGCAUGACAUCUUCUAUGUUUCGCCAUCGAAGCGAAAAGGCGGCAGCACUGGCAUUGGAGUGGGCGUGGGCGUCGGUGUGGGUGGUGUGGUGGCACCCAGCUGCCCCACAAUACGCCCCACAAACGCCUACGAGAGCAACAACCACAAUGUGGUCACUUUCUCGAACUUUGUGAGCGAGCAGCGUGUUACACCAGCUUCUUCGCAUCGCGGCUCGCUCAAGCGCAGCAAAGGACGUAGCAAUCAAUCGCUUUGCAGUUGUGAUGCUGGCGAUGAGGCACAACUUCAGCCAGAUGCCGCACGACCGCUCUAUGAAUACAGCCUGGAGCGUCGUCGGAAAACCCAUACCUACACCUGCGAGCAAAACGCACAAAUACUCAUGAGACUGGAACGCGAGCGUAAUCGCAAAUUAUCGCUCACACUGACUGGAACUGGGACUGGGAUUGGUGGAGAGGCAGGAGGUGAAGACCUUUUACAGCAGUGCGAUGCGAACAGCUUGUCGGAUGUGGAUAUUAUACCGCCAGUGCCGCCACCGCCAGCCAUGAAACGAAAUGGCAGCAUGCGUAGUUUGCGUCUGUUGCAGCAGCUGCAACAGCACGCAUCAUCAGUUAGCAGCAACAGCGGUAGUAACACCAUCAACAACAACAACAACAGCAAUUUGGCUCAAUUGUGUAGCAGUGAUCUGUUACAAGAUUGCACUAAAUCAGCUUUAGAUGAAUGCACUGCCACGCUAUUGCAAUGCACCACCAGCAAUGGCAGCACGAGCACCAACAGCAACAGCAACAACAUCAACAACAACAACAUUAAGCCUGAUCUGUGCCAACCCACGGGUCACUCAUACACCCUAAAUAGGCCACAAAAGCAGCAGCCCCCGCCCCCGCCUUUUACUGCCCACGAGGAGGAUGCAAUAUUUACACCGCAUUCAAAGAAAUCGGACCCAAGUCUAUGUUUUCUAACCACAGCUACACCGCUAUCCACCGCCUCUGCCUCCAAAUACAAUACAAUCGGACCGAGUAGCGAUUAUGCACGCCACUUGGCGCAUUAUAGUCGCUACCUGCAGAAGCAACAUCAGCAACAGCAGUUGGCUCACUUCCAGCAGCAACGUUGUCGUUGCUUUUCCCAAUCGCUGCUUACGUUUCCCAGCAAUCAGCAGCAGCAGCAGCAGCAACAGCACCACCACCACCAGCAGCCGCAGGGGGCUCAACAGCAACCCCCUGUCCAACAACAGCAUUUCCAGCACCCACAAGACCCAACAAGACAGGCCAUCUUUCAUACGAGCAGCAUGGAUUGGUCGCUGCCAAUUAAUAGUCGCAGCUUUGGCAAUUUAGCGGACAUCGAUGGUCCAAGUGGCUGUCGUUUGCCAUAUCAGAAAAUGUCGCAGCAUCAGUCAGCAUCGGGGCCCGGUUUGGCCUCAUCCACCUUUACCAUGUCCUCGUUCGAUAGCGAUGGCGGCCUCAAAGACCGAGAGUCGUCACAGACACCGAUUGGACUGCAUAAAAGCCAUCAACUCCACGCUCAUUCGCAUCAUUAUCAUCCGCAUCACCAUCAUGCGGUUGUCGGUGGAGUAUCCGGUUCAAAUACUCCCCAGAAACAUCACCAACUGCAUUCUAGUGUUACCAGCAUCAUGCCCUGGAAGCAUCGUCAGUGUCCCAGUCGCGGUUCAUCCAGUUCGGGAACGAAUUCAUUCCGAUUUGAUGCGGCCAAGCAUUGGCUGGCAGUCAGCUCGAUACUCUUGAUAAUUGGCGCUGCCAGUGUGGCCGUGCCUUUGGCUCUACGUGUGGCAGCAAGUGCUCCGUUUGAAGAACGUUUGCGUGUGGCUGUUCAACUGCUGGAUCAAGUGCCUUUAAUCGAUGGGCAUAAUGAUUUACCGUGGAAUAUACGCAAGUUCCUGCACAACAAACUCAAUGAUUUUAAUUUUGAUGAGGAUUUGCGCAACGUUAUGCCCUGGGGACGAAGUCACUGGAGUCACACGGAUCUCACGCGACUGAAGAAGGGCCGCAUAUCAGCACAGUUCUGGGCAGCUUAUGUGCCCUGCGAAGCUCAGCAUCGUGAUGCAGUUCAGUUAACCCUUGAACAAAUUGAUGUGAUUAAAAGACUAACCGAUCGCUAUUCACCGCAACUAACCACAUGUACAUCGGCGCAGGACAUCAUUGAGGCGCACAAGAACCAACAACUUUGCUCCUUAACCGGCGUCGAAGGCGGACACUCGUUGGGCGGCUCCCUGGCUGUAUUGCGCACACUAUAUGCAAUUGGAGUCCGAUACAUGACAUUAACUUCCACUUGCCACACCCCUUGGGCCGAUUCAAGUUAUGCGGACGCGCCGACCUUCAAUAUGAAACACGGUGGCCUCACCAUAUUCGGCAAGACAAUCAUACGCGAAAUGAAUCGCCUGGGCAUGAUGGUUGAUCUCUCACACGUCUCCAAGGGAACCAUGCGCGAUGCUUUGGAGGUGAGCGAAGCUCCUGUGAUAUUCUCACACUCAUCGGCCUACGAAUUGUGCAAUACAAGUCGCAAUGUCCAGGAUGACAUUCUGCAGGCAUUGGCCAAGAAUGGUGGCCUAGUGAUGGUUAAUUUCUAUUCCAAAUUUUUAUCAUGCAGCGACAAUUCAACGGUUCAUGAUGCAGUUGCGCAUAUUAAUCACAUUAAGCGCGUAGCUGGCAUCGAUCACGUUGGCCUGGGAGCCGGCUACGACGGCAUUAAUUAUACACCAAAAGGAUUGGAGGAUGUGUCCUCGUAUCCAACAUUAUUUGCUGAACUUUUGGGCGGUGGAUGGACCAUCGAUGAGCUAACCAAAUUGGCCGGUGGCAAUUUUUUGCGUGUUAUGCAACAGGUUGAAAAACUGCGAGACGAUAAAAAGGCUGCUGGGAUCAAACCCUUUGAAGAUCAUCCAAAUUUCCGCACUGACGAUCCAUACAAUUGUACUUCCAGCUAA